GGCUGGCGGGCCGCCAUGGCGCCCUCGACGUGCCGCAGGGUGGCCGUGGUCUCCUGCCUGGUGCUCUGCGUCUCCCUCCUCCUGCCGCGGACCUUCUUGUCUCGGGGAGGCGGCGGCAGGCAGGAGCCCGGGGCCGUGCCGCUCGCAGCUCCCGCGCCGCCCGAGGGUAAGAGGCCGCCGCCUGCUGCGCUGAGGCGUAGUCGGGCCGCUCCGGGUCCUACCGCCGCCGGGCACGCGGGCUCUGCGCUCCCUGCGGCGCUGCGCGUCGGGAGGCGCUCCGCCGCCCGGUGGGGAAACGUGGCGUGGCCGUCCUUCCCUUUGCCCUCCGCCGCUGGGCCGCGUCCGCCCCCCUGCGCUCACCUGAGGGAUGCGUGCGGUGCCGAAGGGAAGCUCAGUCGCUUUCCACCAAGGAUGCAUUACCAGGCGGCUCCCGACAGCCGAGCUGCCCCUCCUUUCCCAAGGUCUCACCUUGCUGAAGCAGUCGCCAAGGCCAAAGCUGGAGGAGGCGGUGGAAGUGCUGGUGGGACUGGGAGAGGUCUUGUGGGGCAAAUCAUCCCUAUCUAUGGAUUUGGCAUCUUCUUGUACAUCUUGUAUAUUUUAUUUAAGCUGGCUUCCAAGGGAAAAACUACCCCUGGAGAACGGAAAUGCCCUCCUGCUGCACCUGGAAACAUGAAGAGGAAAAUCACUGACUAUGAGCUCACUCAACUUCAGGAAAAGCUGAGAGAGACUGAAGAAGCUAUGGAAAAGUUAAUCAACAGAGUAGGCCCGAACUGUGACAGGGCUCAAAAUGUUACAACAGACCAGGAAAAAAGGUUACUUCAGCAGCUCCGAGAAAUUACUAGGGUUAUGAAGGAAGGCAAAUUCAUAGAUGGCAUCUCUCCUGAGAAAGAAGCUGAAGAAGCUCCUUACAUGGAGGACUGGGAAGGUUACCCAGAAGAGACGUAUCCCAUCUAUGAUAAUUCCGAUUGCUUUAAGCGCAAGCAAGACACGAUCCUUGUAGAUUAUCCUGAUCUGAGCCAGCCCUCUGCAGAAGAACUGGCAGAAAGAAUGGAGGGCAUGGAAGAUGAGGAGUACCUGUGCGAUGAAGCCCUGCUAUCUGAUCUCACCAUGGGAAGGGACAGUCAUGCAUCAAUGCAGAAAAAAGAUGAGGUAGCUGGCAUCAGUGAAGGGGAGAGGGACCUUCAACACAGCCCAAGCACUGAGGAGUGCUGUUAUUGUUAUGAGGAGGAGGAUGAUCCCGCUAUAAUAGCGGAAAAUGCUGUAUUUCAUUCUGAGAGCUGCAGCGAAGCAGAAGAGGGAACCCCAGAGGACCUGCCCAUGGAGAUUGACAGUGAAAACGCAGCACUGAAAAAGCAAGAAGCCAGUGAUUCAGAUGAAACAGGCACGCUGAGAAAGCGCAACACAAAAGGACUUGAGUAAUAGUCACUAUAUGUGGAUGCCAUUUAAGUGGUGACAGUAAAGGUCAUAAACUGUCAAUUUGUGUGGUUUUUGUUCCUAAAGAACAGUAUCCUUUAUUCUCCUUGUACUAACUUCAUUCCCACAGUAACAGUCACAUCAUCUACCUGAACUGGAAGCCAAUGCCCUCUUUCAUGCAGUUCUUGUCAGCUCGUGGCUGUUCUGCGGAGAGCGCUUCGUCAUUGCUUUUAGGGACUGCUAACACUGCAGCAGGUCAUUCCAUUCAGGUAUUUAUGUUUCUGUUCUUUUCCAAUAUCUGAACAAGCAGUUCUUAUUUUUUUUUCUUGUCCAAGAGUAAACAGACUAUUUUUCUCACAAAAGUAAUAAAAAUCAGUGUGUUACCAGUUAUGUAAAUGAAUCAAAUUCAGAUACAUUUAAGAGAUUAUCAGGAAGCUGGAGGAGGUAUGCCUUCUUACUCUUAACUGAGCAGCAUAAUAGACCCAUAGUCACAGGAACGAUUCUCAGCUGUGUCAUUGCUGCUGUAAUUUGAAGAAAUUAUUGUUGGUAUAAUCCCCAGCAGUCAUAGGCAACUAAAAUUCACAGCAUGUUUUCCAGUGUAUUUUCUGCUGCAGAACCUAUAGCCUAACCUGUUUUGUGUCCCAAGAAGAGCAGGAACAAGACUGAAGCAUAAGGAGUUGUUCAUUGUCUUUGCUAUGGUGAAAUGUCUCGGUGAAAAUCUCCGAUGAGUUCUGGAAUCAGCCCAUACUUACAGCUACAGAAGAACAUUAAAAAGACCCCUGGUGAUUGGCUCUGGGACUUGGGCAGUACCGGAAGUACGUUGGAACAGCUCCCUUGAAUCCAUGCAUGUCUCCUGUUGAACUGAUGUCUGUGUAACUGCUGCAUAGCAGCUGUAUUUCCAGAUCACCAGGACAUACCUUGAGUAUGACUGGGGACAGAACAGCAACAACAACAACAGAAAAAACAACUUUUGCUACACGCUCAUUUUUGUUUUGUCGUUCAAGGGGUGUCUGCCUUUGAGGCAUCUGUUUUGUUCUUGUUUUCAUUGAUUAGUUUUCCAGUUUACAACUGCAGUCUGAUGUUUACAGUGUGUAUGUUACUCAUAAAGAAUUCCUACAGUAGGAAUUAAAGAAUAAAUAAGUUAAUGAUGGUGGAAGAGAGAAAAUAAUAGAGAAAACAUAUUUGAUACUCUGUUACUAGACGUUUUUAUCUUUUGAAAUCAUUUUGUAGACUUGAUAUUUAUUUAUUUAUUUAUCUGGACUUUCAUCGCUCAUUCUCUCUUCACCAUGGCAGUAGUUUGACCUCUGUCUCUGAGCAGGGCUUGUGUUCCCUUCACUGGGAAUCCCGGCUGCACAGCUACAGCAUGCAGGACCUGAUACACAGUGUUUCUGUCUCUGCCAGAAUCUCUUCGCAGGUGAGAGUACCAGAUUGUAUUUGUUCUGCUUUAGUCACUGUCCUUGAGCUGGAGUACAACAUCGGCUGGUAUCAGUCACUGACAGGGAAGGCUAUUUUCACAGUGGGCAUUUCUGGUUCUUCUGCAGACAUAGUCAAGCUAGCGUGAUACAGCUGCAUGACUUGCACAGCACAGCCUUUAUCUGUUGACUUUCCAGUGUUAAGAGAUAGAUGAAGGCUGCAGGGGAUGUAGCAGUAACCCAACCUAUUGCCAUGAGAAACAAGGAUGCUGUCUUACAUUUGCUGCACUUUUUAGAAAUAGAGACUUCUUCAAAAUUUUACCUGCCUAUAGGAAUAAUGUGCUUAUGUUGUACUUCAAAUUCCAGCUGCUUACAACUGUAUGUGAAAUCUUAAGCUUGGUUUCAUUUAAAUUCAUUAAAAUUGUUCAUUUAAUUUUGUGCAGUAUAUGGAAAAGCGGCACUAUGCAUGAAGUACAAUGUAGAGUUUUUAGCUAUGUAUGCUGAGAAGCUGAAAUGUACUAAGUAGUGCGUUAGGAACUCCAUGCUCCAGAAUGUGUUAGUUGUAAAUACACUGCAGACUGCAUCAAAACACUCUUGCUGCUGACAGCUCUACUCAUUACAAUAUUUAGAAGUCACUCUUUGUGUGUGUUACACUGAAUGAUACGCACAAAUGUGGGACAAAUGUUCCUAUUGACCUUUUGGUGGUCGGUGUGUCUGUAGUGACUGAGUAGGCUAACCUGGCCUUGACACAGCACUGAAAAUGAAGGCACAAAAAUGUAGAUUGUAUCUUUUUAACUUGUGAGCACUACAUUAGUAAUACUGCAGUGGUAAACCCAAUAGCCAUACACAUAACAUGGAAACCUCUUGAAAAACAGAAAGGGAGACACACCCCUAAUGCCAUAAAUUUACUAACAGCAUAUUUUGACAUGAUGUUUUCUGAUUGAGAAUAGGUGAUUGAUAGUAAACUAAGAACUAGAUCCACAUGACAAAGGAAUAGCAGUAAACCACCAUUUUAGGUGCCUGGUGGCCUAGCAGAAGUUCUGUUUUCUAAGCACAGCGGAGGAAGCAUAAGGUUCCUGCUGUCAGAUGUGACCCAGCAAAGCUGAGAGCUGUUUCCGCUGGAAAGCAGAAAUGCCAAAGGGAAGACUUACCCCUAAAAAGGUUAUUUUUGGACUCAGAGGUCGCUAUGUCAGUUUAUAAAUUUCAGUAAGGAAUUUGUCAAGUGCUGAAGGGCUGUCUCAGCCUUUUCUCAUGGAAACUAGGGAUGGAGGCAGCCAGUGUUAAUGACACUCACCACAGUAGUGGGUGGCACUUGUAAAUCCUAGCUCUGAAGCGAGGUCCUCAGCUGUCCCUCAAGCAAGGGUGGCCUACCAACAGGCCAUAGACUUCUCAGCAUAUCCUUUGGAACUGUUUGACUUUGUAUUGGCAGUUAAAUUCUCCUUGUAUCAGCAGGAGAAAUACCAAGAAAUCAAUGAGUGUGACAAUACUAUGCUUCCAGUUUAAGAGCAAAAAUUUAAUCCCUAAGUCAAGUUUGAAUUUUGACUUUGGUCUCUUCCAACCUCCCAGUAUGAAGUGCCAUGCUAACACAGAAAUGGGCUGUUGGGGCUGCUUAUGAUACCUGUGACACACAGCUAACAGCUUCGUAUUCCUUUGCAGUGCCAGUAGGAAAAAAUGAUACUAAUGCAGGGUGGCAGUGUGGUGCCAAAGAGUCUAAACAGCUCAGUCUUGAGGUCUUGAUCGCCUUGGCAGGAUCCAGGGUACCAGGAAGUGCUCUUAGGACAUAGCCUGUGAUACCUCAUAUAGCAGCUUUCAAACUAAUACUCUUCUGGUUCAUAUUAACACUUCCUUUUCUUUCCUUCAGCUUUCCUCCCUCUCUGAAACAGAAAUGUGUAUUUAUUUCUUUUAGAAAAUCACCACAGAGGUUUGUCCAGCAUUCUUAAUUAUUAAUUGCUUGUUUUUAGUGAGGAAGAGUUUGUAACUUGAAGAAGAGCUUAUUAUAAAAUUGGGAUUCUGCAAAGAACCUCUAUUAGACAAUUAAAUGAAAAUCAUAGGUCAGAACAUCAGCAAACCCAGGACUUGGGGGGAAAAAAACAGAAGCUUUUGUCUCCCAAUGAAAGCAGUCAGGCUUACUUAGUAAAAGUGUUUGCUCUUUUACUUAAAAUGUUUCUUAAAGUUAAAUGAGUAUACCUUUUGUUAUAGCUAAAAUGAACAGGAUGAGUUCUUUAACUUAGAUAUUCUGAUAAAACUAUUGCCAACACAGAAGUGCUAAUUAUUCCUGGGUAUUUGUUAAUGGUUACAGAUAAUUACAGACAUUAGAUGAGAUCAGGAAAUAAGGCAUGAAAUAUGAGUGGUGAUCCCGAAACUACAGUAAGAAGGAUUACUAACUAAUGUUUGUAGAACAGGCAGACAUGUAGGAAGCUUAUGAUCUGACUCACUGCACCAGAAAUUAGAGUUUUUAUGUUGGUUUCUUUUUUUCCAACUAACUGAGACUAUGAAAAGUAUGAUUAACUUUGAGGUCGCAUAACAAUCUAGUGCAAUAAUCUGAAGUGUUUUUACCUGCAUAUCAAAAUCCAAAUAUUGUUUAUAACUUAUGUGUCACAAGCACUGGACAAGAUAACCCAGGUAAGAGUUAAUAAGUAAUCAGUGUUUCAGUCUUUUUGUGCAACCACAUAUACCAGUAGAAAUGUGUGAUGUGGAUGGUCGUGCAGCCUGAGUGCCCUGUGUACAAGGCAAGCUGGGAAGGUUGUUCUAGCCAAGUGAUUUUGUUCAGCUUGGGAGCUUCCUUCACUAGUUUUGGGGAGGGGCAGAUUCCUAGAAAACAACAGACAGCUGACAUGAGGCUCAUUUUCCUUAGUUAUCUUUCCAGGAUGUGUUAAGUACAGCCCAGCCCCUCCUCUCUGCUGCUAACUGCUGUUGCCAAAACGCAAAGAUUACAGAUUACUCAAAUGUACCUUGUUCCCAGCAGAAGAAAUUAUGAGUCUAAGAUUCUAAAAUAGUUUAUUUCUAAAAUGGUGUGUGCCAAGGGCCAUUAGAGCUGAAGUCAUGAACUUUUGACUCCAGUUUGAAUUAUCUGCAUCCAUUAGAGAGAUGGGGGACGUGUCUUUUGUCCUUCCCCCUAAGCUUCAAGUGACUAUGGGAGGGUCAUUGGGAUUGUGCAGUGGAUUAUUCCUGCCUAAGCCUUUCUUUGCUCUUGUUUUUUUAAAAAAAACUCUAUCCCUGGCUUCUCUGACCACUUUUCAGACUAAUAUUUGUAUAAAUGAGAAUGCCAAAAAUGUAGUCCUUAACAGAUAGCUGGAAGUGGUAACAGUACUGAGGUAGCAGGAACUUGAACAUGCUAGUCCAAUGGUAGGGACCUAAGACAGCAAAUACCUGUCUCUGCUUGGCCAUUGUUAAGGAUGUCACAGUCCUCUUCGUUUUCCCGCUGUGUGUACAGAUUGCAAGGCGCUGAGCAUGCAGUUUGACAAAAGCUGGCAAGCUGAAAAGGUGUACGAAUCUGGUGAAGCUGGGACUGAAACAAUAGCUUUUGGAGGUUAUACUUCGUGGUUGAAAUUCAUGUUAGCAUUAAAGGUAAAAAUUCAAUUUAAACUGCAGUGUAAGGAGUUUAAAAUCCUAACCUAGAAAACCUCUGUAUUCUAUGUAGGUAAUUUAUUAAGGCAUUGCUGACCUUAGGUAUGAUAAGACAUAGUUGUUUCCAACAAAUGAAGUUUAAUAUUUCUGUACAAUGUUCUGUAUUAACAGUGGAGCCUCUAUGACAUAAAUAAUGUAAAAGAGAAGGAAUCGGUCAUUGUAUAUAGCAGUAAAUAAACACGUUUACUCCACA